GAGGGAUUCGGAGGAGUUUGUUUUCAAAACACAGGUGAUCAAGGUGUGGCGACUCAGGGCCACCUCUUACCAUGCUGUUAAGAGUGGUUGUGAGCCUUUGGGCCGUGAGUACAAUAGUCGGGCAGAGCUUCAACACGCUCUUGAAGGAUCCUUUAUUGGAGGAAAAGGAAGAUAAGAAAUGUCCCACAAACUGGUUCACUCACAGGACCUCGUGCUAUAAAUUUAUUCGUUCACCAGUGAAAACAAGAGAACAGGCAAGAGCACAGUGCAAGGCAUAUGGUGACGGUUCGGACUUGGUGAGUGUGAGCAAUAAAGAAGAGCAUGGGUUCCUCACACGCCACCUGCACGAGAAUGACCCCCUCCAGCGAGAAUGGUACACUUCAGGCUUCCAGAAGACCCCAAACUUUUGGGAAAAUGCAGGUGAUGGCACUUCAUUUCAAGAUAUGAUGGAAGCAUUUCUGCCAAACCAAGGCUCGGGCCCUACUAAAAAUUUCCUUGCUUACAGCUAUUCAUAUCGACACAAAGAGUGGGGUUUGUUGAUGGUUGAUGGUGAGGAACCCCUCCUUUACAUCUGUGAGAUACCUCAAGCUAACAUCGACAUGUUGAUUGAUGAGUCGACCGAGCGAGAUCACGAGUAUGGUUUCCUCGUUAAAGACCCCACCAAGAUACCACGAGCUCCCAUUAUUGUUAAACAACCUACAAAUGCCAUGUUUGAUCUUGUGCGGAGAGAAGUGAUUAACUAUGUGUCGGUAAUGUGCAUUGCUGAUGGUUACCCUCACCCAACUUAUGAUUGGUACAAAGAGAGCUAUGAAAAUGAAGCCAUUGUAUCCAAACGUAUCAAUCCUUUGGAAGACAGACGCUUCACUGUGUCUGGAGGAACACUCAUUAUUAAUGAUCCUAAACAGGUUGAAGAUCGAGGCAAAUACCAUUGCCGAGCAAAGAAUGAGUAUGGGUCUGUCACAUCAGAGAGCAUCCAGUUGUCCUUUGCCUAUGUUGCCGAGUUCAACCUCAAGCGUUCAAAUGAAGAAGGCAAUCAAUUCUGGGGCAAAGCCAUCUACUGCGAUCCACCACAACAUUUCCCAGAUGUUCGCUACUACUGGGCAAGGGACUACUUCCCUAAUUUCGUGGAAGAGGACAGGAGAACUAUGGUCUCCUAUGAUGGAAACUUGUAUUUUUCCUAUUUGGACUUUAUUGACAUUGGCAAAUACAGUUGCAAUGUUCAGAGUACUGUCUCCGGUAUUGGCAAGAAUGGUCCCUUCUUCAAUCUAAGAGUUACUGCACAUCCUAAUUACCAGCAGCUCAAGUUUGCAAACAAUUUUCCCAAGGCAUUUCCUGAGGCACCAAUAAGAGGAGAAGAUGUCAGACUUGAGUGUAUUGCUUUUGGAUACCCAGUGCCAUUAUACAACUGGACUCGAAAAGAUGGGCAGCUUCCCCGGGGCGCCCAGAUGCUGAACUACAAUAGGGUCUUGGUGCUGCCUAAAGUGGAGCCUUCAGAUAUCGGAGAUUAUGUGUGUCGUGCUCAGAAUGCUCGGCUUUCCAUUCAAAACACUAUUUCUCUUAGUAUCCAAGCAAAGCCAAGUUUCACCAUUCGUCUGCAUGACCAGUUCAUUGCUAAAGGUGCUGAUUUGAUGUGGGAAUGUGAGGCUUUCGGAAUACCUGACGUGGACUAUGAGUGGCUGAGGAACUCGGAACGACUGAUAUUUGAGAAACUAUCAGCAGGAGAACAAAACCGUUAUGAUAUUGUUGAUAGUGUGCUGAAGAUAAAGGAGGUAACAGAGUCAGAUGAAGCAACGUAUCAGUGUAAAGCCACCAAUCAACUUGGAUCCUCUUUCUCUUCUGCCCAACUGAAAGUCUUGAAGCUAGCGCCCUCAUUCCGUAAGAAGCCUGUCGAGACUGAGAUGUAUGCCUCGGAGGGUAAGAACGUCACUAUAGCUUGUAACCCCGAGGCGGCCCCUAGACCGUCCUUUGUUUGGCGGCAGAAUGGAUUAGUUCUUGGAAAUGGUGGUCGUCGUCGCAUUCUGCGCAAUGGGAACCUCAUCAUAGAUCCAGUAUCUCGGGAAGAUGAAGGCAACUACACUUGUACUGCAGAGAAUGUGUACGGGUCAGAUACAAGCUCAGGGCGGCUCAUUGUAUUGCGUAAGCCAGAAUUCUACCGCAGUCCUCCCGAACUAAUAACCAGUUCCAAGGGUGAGACCAUUAAUCUGGAGUGUGAAGCAUACACCGACACCCUGUUAGACACAACCUACACCUGGAGGCACAAUGGCUUACGCAUUGAGUUAGAUGAUACUGAAUAUCUUCGUCGCCUGGCUUAUGAGCAGGGUUAUGUGUAUGACUACCAGAGGAAGCUGUAUAAUUUGUAUGACAACCCGUAUGAAACCUCAUUGUUUUUGAAGCAGAGAGAACAGGAAGUGUAUGUGAGCAAACGGGAUCCACCGUAUGAAAAGGGUUAUCAAGCCGGCCACCUUCGCAUCGUGAACUUGACCCUUGCAGAUGCAGGUGUUUAUGAAUGUGUUGCCAUGACUCCAGUGGCGAAGAUUGCCAUCUCCACUACCCUCGUUGUUCACGGCCCACCAGGACCUCCUGGUGGAAUAGCGGCUGUAGACCUAACAAGCACAAGUGCACGCGUUCAAUGGACAGACGGGGCAAGCAAUGGACAACCCAUUGUGAGCUACACUAUACAGACACGCACACAGUGGACAAGGAAGUGGAAGACUAUAGCUGAGAAUGUUACUGCCAAGCUGAUCGAUCCCAAUAAUGGACGUAGAGAAUAUCAGCUGGGUGAUGUCCUCUCGCCCUGGGCAUCGCAUGAAUUUAGAGUGCUAGGUGUUAACAGUCUUGGCAGUGGACAGUUCUCUGCACCAUCACCCCAGGCCAACACCAAACAGGAUCGUCCCUUCACCACACCAACCAAUUUGGGAGGUGGAGGCGGAAAGACUGGAGAUCUUACCAUUACCUGGGACCCACUCCCUGGAGAAUAUCAGAAUUCACCUGGGGUGUACUACAAGCUGUUCUGGAGGCGCACAGUCAUCGACCCCGAGACUGAUUUCCAGUCCAUUGUCUUGAAGAACCGAGGCAAUAUUGGCAUGCACGUUGUUGAUGUGAAUCCCUCCAAGUACUUUUAUACUCAGCAUGAAGUCAAAAUUCAGGCAUGGAAUAGCCAAGGCCCUGGACCAAUUAGCGACCCUGUUGAGAUAUUCUCGGCUGAAGACAUGCCCCAGGUGCAGCCCACGGAGGUGUCUGCCUACGCUCACAAUGCUACAUCUCUCAAUGUUACUUGGCAGCCGAUUGAACCCACCCGCGACAACAUCCGUGGAAAACUCAUCGGUUACAGGAUGAAAUACUGGAGACGGCAGAGUGAGGAGACUGACCAUAUCAUCAAGUUGCAGAGGGGCACGGAAUCUCAUGGUCUUAUCCUUGGUCUGAUCCCCAACACGUUCUACUGGGUGCGUGUCAUGGCAUACAAUCAGGCAGGAUCAGGACCAGAAAGUGAAAGGUUUCUUGAACGAACAUGGCGUCAUCCUCCUCUCAUGCCUCCCAAUGCCGUCAGGGUGUAUCCCAUCAAUCCCAGCACCAUUCGUGUCACUUGGAGAGGUGUUACGCCAACGACUAUGGAAGAACCACUUAUUGGCUACAAAAUCAAAGUCUGGGAAGCUGAUCAAGACUUCACAAAGGCAAAUGAUACAUUUGUAUACAUUGGCUCUCCCCUGGAGGCUUACAUACAUGAUCUGACUCCUGGCAAAUCUUACAAUCUGCGAGUAUUGGCAUUCUCUCGGGGCGGUGAUGGUAAGAAGUCUUCACCUCCAUGGAGAUUCCAGAUGGGAGACACUGAUCUUCUGCGAGGAGAGGCCCCUGCUCCAUCCCCCGACUACCGCCUUGGCUCCAGCAUCCUCUUUACGUUCCUGGUCGCCUUCUUCACCCCACUCGUGCGAUCCAGGUUUUGUAUUUCCCACUUCACUCCUAAUGUCAAUUAAUUCCUUUGACCAAGUACUCGAGAGCUAGGUUAUAACGAAUUUCUUUGAGGCUCCGGCUGUGUUCGCAGACUUCACGUGUAAAGAAUCCCAUCCAGUAUUAUCGUCCACAUUAUAAUUCUUGAAACUUUCUUUGUAAAAGUGAUAGUAAAUGUUUUUUAGAGGGAGAUGAAGUGGUAAAAUACUUAAUAAGAAUAAUUGUAUGCCUUGUUAAAUCAUAAACAAGGAUGUAUUGUAUAUUUGUAUUGACAGAAUAUUACUUUUCCAAAUUGAUAAAUAAUUAGUUGCCUACAAAUGUAAUGGUAUAGAUAGUAAAUUAACAGUUAUAAUAUAAUAUAAUAUAAUCUAUUUUUUGCAAGACAUUUAAAGGGAUUAACAUUUUCUUUCUAAAAUUCAGGCUAUAGUUUACAUUGUGGCUGUACAUGUUGUUGGACCCCACACACCAUGUCUUGGUUAUUGCCACAGUCCUUGUCAGAAAUGUUUUGUUUAUUGUUUUCCGGUGUAAGCUUGCUGAGGCAACUCAAGUAAUAAUAGAUAUAAGCUCAUAAAACAUGCACAACCAGCUACCACUGAGAUCAUGUAGAAUUUGGCAGUUAUUGAUUAGUAUGUCAAGUAUUGCAUUCAUCUUGUGCAUUGUGCACUUCUAGCAUCUUGCUGUAUUUCUCUGCACUUACUCCAGUAUCUUUGCUAUAUCUCUGCUAGUAUUUCAGUACAGUUCUUUUAAAAUUUCAGAUUGUCUCAGCAAUUUCUAUAAUGUCAUCAUUAUCAUUACUAUAAUAUAUUCAGUUCUCACUCAUGAAGAGGGAAGGCAUCUGCCUGGAGGAAAAGGUAAUCAAUACUGCCUAGGGAAACAAAGUUAUAAAUAUUAAAUUUCUUUAAGUAGCUUUAUAUUGCUAGCUCUUAUCACGCAGAAGUGACGAGUCAACUCUUGUAAACUAUUUCAAGUAAAGUUCUCUAUAGCUUUAUUGAGAUACUGUAAUGUCCAUAAGGGUAAAUACUAAUGCACUUACAAGUACAUUACAAUAUAGAUGAAAAUUGCAAAACAAUAAAAAAUAAAAUAAAAAAUAUAUAAAUAAAUUUAAGCACAUUACUUUUUAACAGGUUGUGAAGAUAGCAUUGUCAUUACAAAUUAUAUAUAUAUAUAUGCCUAUAAGUUUAUCUGUUCAGUAUCAUUAGAAAGAAUGCAUUAAAUUUGUCUCCUUUUCAUAUUUUUAUCUAAUAUGACAGUCUUAAGUAAAUAGUGGAUACUUUCUUCUACCUGUAUGGUAUACAUGGUUUCCUACCUUAGUCCUGCAUCAAAGACUCGAUUUUCAUCUUGCCUCUGUGUCCUUGCAUACUUUGCUUUACAGAAUGAAAUAUUGUGCAGAGUCUUUGCAAUGCAGGGUUUCAUGCUUUACAGAAUGUGCAUGACUGCUAAAGUUUAUCUUUAACACUAGUAAGUACUUAGCAUUUUCAGAAACAUUUAUGAAUUUGAAACUGCUCUGAGUUUAUAUUUAUCUAUAAAAUGACAACUUGAUCAAAUCUAGAUCAGUUUCUGAUUGCAAUAUUAGAUCAGCUACCUCAAUAUCAGCUGUUGGUCAUGUUCUGUACCAUUGUUAUAUCACCCAUUCUCAAGAGGUUCACAAAUAUAAACAUAUGCAAUAUAUUAUGUUCAUAUUUUAUAGGCAAGUCAUUUAUUAAUAAUGACAUUAUUUAAAAAUAAAAUAGUCGGACAGGCGUGAAGAAAAACGAGGUGACAGUUGAUUACUUUAGCUGUCAUCCCCACCUAUCCUCAUACCUGGAGAGAGGUGACAGGUCUGCUGAUUGCUUUAGCUCAUAGCUAGGAAUGUGUGUGUGUAGAGGAGCUACUGGCAAGUGGCUGGCUGGCUAUGACUGGGUGAGUUUGUGGUGAGUGCAUCUUCAAUUGUAGCUAUAAUUUGUAUAUUGGUGGUGUUUAACAGAGUAUGGCCAUAAUUCUUUAUAAUGAGCAUAAUGAAAAUUGCCAGACAUUUGCCUGACUUCUCAUUGUUCUCAUUAACCAUACUGCAUUAAAUAUACAACAGCAUGAAGUGCUUUAAGGAAAUCAGGCAAGUGACGAAUUGGUUACCUCUGUGAAUGCCCAUGGUAUACUGUAUAACAAAUACUGCACCUGUUAGCUCAGCAACUAUUGUGUGUGUCUGACAAGUAAACUUUAUAAACAUAACACAAAAUAAAUUUCCUGUUAUGAUUUUCAAUGUUGAAAAUGCAGUUUUGAAUUGCCAAGAUAAUUUAAUUAGCUAGUACUGUACAUUCAUAAUUUUCUGCAUUUAGUGUGCUUUUUACAGUAUAUCAAAGAUAAAUGAAAACUAAUGUUUAAAACAUUCUUUGUAUUAGUUCAUAAUUAACAAUUUAUAUAGAACUUAAAACAGUGGAACCUCGGUUUAUGAAUGCCCCGGAUUACGAAUUUAGGUGGAUAUUUACGAGUUACUGCUGGGUGAACAUAGACAUCAGAUGUAAGGUUUCCUUAGAUGAAUGACUAACCUUUCCCAGGAGGCAACCCACAAUAUUCACCAAACUCCAAGCUGCCUAUUUACUGCUAGGUGAAGAAAGGCAUCAGGUGUAUGGAAACAUGCCCAAACGUCUUGUCCUGCCUUUAAAUCAGACCCGGAACCAUUCUGUUGUUGGCUAUUUUUGCCUGCUGACAUUAUUAAAGAAAGUUUGGUUGAUCAUUGGUAGCUUUUUAGUCUUUGAAGGAUAAUGUGUUACCUAGUAGGCCUACACUUGUUUUAUUCCUUCUUUAUCUAAGUUUUAUUAUUAAUCUAACAUUAUCAAUCAGGUUACAUAGUGUGAGUCAUUCUUCUGUGGGGGGGAAAACAGAAUUUACUGUAAGAGUAGAAAAAGAUUAAUAGUUUCAUGAUUUUGUGUACUGUAACAGAAAAUAAAGUUGUAAAUCACUGCUGUAUUAGUUAUGCAGAGAAUAGUAAGGUUGAGAGCAGUCUUUAUUGAGAGAUGUCCUCCUGCAAGGGUUCGAAAAGGCCCUUAUAGGUGAAAUGUUUUCCCAGGUAUAGUCGUCUACUCUCGGCUUCAUGUUUCUCUACAACUUUGUCAGGACUUUCAACCAGCAGCUAUUAGUAAUGUAAAAUAUCUUCUUAUUUAAAUUUAAUGUUAAAUAUUAUAGUAAUUAUCCAUUAUUUUGGUUUCCUAGAUUAAAAAUAAGAACAUUUUUUAAGAUUAAGAUUUGUUAGAAAUAUUGCUGUGCCUUUAAUCUGUUCAUAUAUUAAGUUUUGAUUGUGUACUUUACUAAAUUACCUUUUCAUAUGAGCAUUCAUAUUUUAAGUUGCACACAGUAUACAUAGUUACUGUAUAGUGAUAUGUACCAAGAUACAUCAUGGAAACAACUUCAGAAAUUAUAAAUACAAAAGUAAUAUUACACAAGUGAAGGUAAUUUUGAUAAGAACUACUCUCAUGAUUUGCAUGAUUAUUCUAUAGUGUAGCUGCUUCAUUUAGGAAAUUUGCCUUAUGUCGGAGCUACUUUGUUAUAACUAAAACAUUCCAUUCUGAGAUUCUCGCCCAAAAUGUGUUAUUCUUAUCUCGCACAGUUUCUUCCUAAGGUACAUUAUCACUGUCUCAACAGGAACUGCAAUGUUCAGCCAGGUGGGUCUAUAUUCUGGUACAGAAAUUGGAAUUGGGCUGAGAAAGCCCAAUUCCUAUUAAUUCAAAGCCCUUGCAAGCCCUCCUUGGCAUCACAAAGCAUGCUAAGGAGUGCUCUAACAAUGACUUGGCCUGCCUGAUCACUGUCAUGUGUCUUGUAUACAAGUCUGUGUCCUGAUUGUUAGUCAUCUGUUUACCUAGUGUGGCAAUGGUGGCAGCUUGGUGAGUUGACAUGCUUUUCUAAAAGGUCAUUUGGUGUGUUGGCCUGACAUGUGUGAUUAAUGAUGUGCACUGGGAUUAUAGCCAUUUCCUCACCUUGAGUGAGAAGCAUUCAGAGUAUUUUGUGUCCCUCCAAUUCACACUGUUAGUUAGCAAGAAUGUAUUUGUUUUUAGGUGUUUUGCAGUGGGCUCUCACUUUGUCAGCUGGUAAACUCUUAAGUCGGCAACAAUUCUCAUCUUGCCUGGCUUCAAUCGGGGGCAGACCAGGUGACCCAGAGUUUUGUGGUCAUGUAGAGUGCUACUAGGUGGUAUCUGUGGUGUCGAGGGGUGCAUGGAAGGACUUUGACUUGAUAGUUUUUUUAAAUUUUCCAAAGCCUAAAGCAUCAGAAGGUUGACCCACCUUACUGCACAUCAGUUCCGUAUGUAAACUUACCUUGGGGGAGCAACCAAGUGACACAUUCAGAAAGGCAAUCUUCGUGUAGUGCAACCUUGAUAGAAUGGAAAGGUGAGAUCAAACCAGUUAUGGGUUUUUAAAGAUAUCAUUGUAUCCAGAUUUUUACUAUUGCCAAUUUGUUUGUUUCUUAACACAGAUGCAUCUAUGUUCAGAAUUACUCUUAAUAUAUAAACAAUGCAUUCUAAAUAUACUGCAAGAUAAAAGUACAAAAAUAAAAUAAUUAUUUUUCAUGUAAUGGAAGAGCAGCCUUAUCCUUGUUACCAUCUGAAGGCAUAAUAGUAAUACAGUACUGUACUGUAUGGUAGGACUGUGUAAAACGAAAAUACACCAGUUAAUUGAAGGUCGAGAUGUGUGACCCAAGAACUGAAUCUUGACACCAUUUAGGCACAAGUGUACAAAAUUCCUCGCACUACACUGCUGCCAUAACCAUUUGUAUAUAGUCUUAUGGUUUUCCAGAGUUGGAGAGAGGAAACAUGUUAGGCUUAGCAUGGUUCCUCUAGACUGGCAACUGACCUUUCCUAGGAUGCAACCCACAACACUAGACUAACUCCUGGGUACCUCUUACCUGCUACUUGAACAGAGGCAUCAGGCAAAAGUAAACGUUGCCCAAUCACGUCUGUCUUGGCACGGGAAUACAAACUGGAACCUUUCAGGUGUGACGUGGUUUCACUGACCACUGAUUUCUUGCAUAAUUUUAUUAUUCUAACCCUUUGUGGUUCAAUGCCAAGACUGUUGGCAAUGUUUCCACUUCCUUAUGAGCAACAGUACUGGUAGUGAUGCUAAACUCCACCUCUAGUGUCUCACUCUGCCACUGGUUUCCCCUGGUCACGGUUAUUUUCUCAAUACAUUUCUUCUGUAUUUAGGAACUUCCACUGGUCCCUAUUUACUCUAACCUCACUACUACUAUCUGUAGACAUCGAUUCUCCUCGCAUACAAAAUGGAUGAAAAUUCUUGAGUAAUGAGAGGUCAGGAGAACCACAAAGGCUGAACACUAAAGUUGAGCUACAACAACCACAGAAAACUUUAAACACACUAAGUGCAUUACACAAUACAAUUACUACAAAUUACAUAAAACCAUAUUUUGAUAUAUUUUACUUAUUACAAUACAGUAACAGUAUACUGUAAUUGUAUAUUUUAUAAAGGCACUAAUUAUGUACAGUGUUUCAGGCAUUAACUUAAUAAAGGCAUAAGAAUAAAAAACAACAAUUAUAAGUAAGAAAUGUGAGAAUAUUUAGGCAGAGUCAGACCACUGUAACGGCAUGCCUUGGUUUUAUCCACAUGCCAUAUUCCAUUAUAUCAAGGUUUGUUCCGCGAGCCAGUCUUUCCACUCCACCAAGGGUUCCAUUCUAUCAACGUUGCACUUGCACUUCAAUCCCAUUUUUUCUAUGAAUGUUUAUUUUACAAGGAUAUCCGUCCAGGUGUAUGAAAUUACGGUUCGUGUAUAUAUUUUUUUAACUACAGUAGUGAUACAGUAAGUUGUUUAACUACAGUAGUGACACAGCAACUUGUUUAACUACAGUAGUACAACAAAUUGUUACAUUAAAUAUUAGUCAGUUUUGCAGCAUUGAUUUACUCUCGAAAUUAUAAGAUUUAAAAAGUUAUAAAUUUAGGUAAGUUAUUGUACAUUUAAUGACUAUAGAACUUGUGGUUCAGUAUAUAACAUUAGUGCUGUUUUUAUGAAACUGGUACAGCAAAGAGGUAAAAAAAAAUUGGUUUAUACCACACUUGGGUAUACAAUAUAUGAAAACCAACCAGUUUUCACUCGUGUCCAAAAUUAAUACUGUAUUUAUGAAAGUUCAUACAAUAAACACCACAGUACAGUAUGUACAUGUAAUUUUAACUUUUAUAAGUGCUGCAUUUAUAAAUUUUUAAUCUAUUAA